AUGGUUGCCAUUACCCAACAAACCGCCAUCUUGGCCAAAUAUCUUGAUUUGGAUCAAAGAGGUAGCGUUCUUGCCGAAUACGUUUGGAUUGACUCCGAAGGUAACACCAGAUCCAAGUGUAAGACCUUGAGCAAAAAACCUUCAAGUGUCGAUGACUUGCCCGAAUGGAACUUUGAUGGUUCCUCCACCGGCCAGGCCCCUGGCCACGACUCCGACGUGUACUUGAGACCCGUUGCUUUCUACCCCGAUCCUUUUAGAAGAGGUGAAAACAUCAUUGUAUUGUCUGAAUGUUGGAACAACGAUGGAACUCCAAACAAGUUCAACCACAGACACGAGUGUGCCAAGUUGAUGAAGGCCCACGAAGAUGAAAAGGUCUGGUUCGGUCUCGAACAAGAAUACACUCUUUUCGAUGAAUUUGAUCAACCCUAUGCCUGGCCUAAGGGUGGAUUCCCAGCUCCUCAAGGUCCUUACUACUGUGGUGUUGGAACUGGUAAAGUGUUUGCCAGAGACAUUGUCGAGGCCCACUAUAGAGCCUGUCUUUACGCCGGUAUCAACCUCAGUGGUAUCAACGCCGAAGUGAUGCCCUCUCAGUGGGAAUUCCAAGUUGGUCCUUGUGAAGGAAUUGACAUGGGAGAUCAAUUAUGGAUGGCCAGAUACUUGUUGUCCAAGGUUGCCGAAGAAUUUGGUGCCAAGAUCUCCUUACACCCAAAGCCUUUGAAGGGAGACUGGAACGGUGCUGGAUGUCACACCAAUGUUUCUACCGAAAACAUGAGAAAGGAAGGUGGAAUGAAGUACAUUGAAGAAGCUCUUGAAAAAUUGGCUAAAAGACACAAGGAACACUUGUUGCUUUAUGGAACUGACAACGAGUUGAGAUUGACUGGUAGACAUGAAACUGCUUCCAUGGAAGCUUUCUCUUCUGGUGUUGCUAACAGAGGUGCGUCUGUCAGAAUCCCAAGAUCUGUUGCCAAAGAAGGUUACGGAUACUUUGAAGACAGAAGACCUGCUUCUAACAUUGACCCUUACUUGGUGACUGGUAUCAUGAUUGAAACCAUCUGUGGUUCAAUUCCAGAUGCUGACAUGUCUAAGGAAUUUGCUAGAGAAGCCUCUGAUUAA